AUGUCCCGAUUCACUUUGUUUGCCGUUUGCACACUUCUAUUUGUUUCCAACACUUCAGCUAUUUUCUUCGGAAGUAGUGGUGGAGGUUGUGGAUGCGGUGGUGGCGGUGGAGGAAGUGGACUAUCCCUUCCAUCGCUCUCUCUUCCAUCUCUACCAACUGGUGGUGGUGGCGGCGGAAGCGGAUGUGGAUGUGCUCCACCACCAUCACCAUGCGGAUGUGCCCCACCAGCACCACCACCACCUCCUCCACCUGCGCCAUGUGGAUGCGCUCCACCACCAUCACCUUGCGGAUGCGGAGGAAAAUAA